UUAUCGUGUGUUGAUAACACUUAUCUACUAGUUUGUUGUUUUUACACAAUAUGGAAUGGCGUUGUGUGAAAAUUUUAAUUCUAUUAUUCACAAGAAUGGUCUGUGAUUCCCGCACAAAUUAGUUGACGACACACGAAAUUUGAAGUGUGGUGUAGUGUUGUACGUGUUGUUUUGCAACACUGAAGACUACCAAUUGUGGGCGCAAUGGUUAUUUGCAAAUAUUAUAGACAAGGCAAUUGUCGCUUCGGACAAUACUGUCAAUUUGAACAUAUAAAUACAUUCGGAAACAAUGCUAAGCCUGAAAAUUACAAUCAGGACGAAUAUACAGCGGUCGUGGUUGCAAAAGAAGUACUCAGUGCAGAAAGGGGACAACAAUGGCUACUCUCCUGUUUCGCACCUCUCAAACAAAAACCAAAUAUUCCUGGCAUGGAGGACAUAUCCCCAGAGGAAGUUCGGUGGGAGAUGUAUCAGGCACAGAAGAAUGGAAUGAUCGAGCAAGCAAAACUGAACUAUCAAAAAUUGUGUCAAGACAUGAAGGCUAAAAGGGAGGCCUUAAAGAAUCCUACUCGUGAAACCAUAGAGAUACUCAAAGAACUGCAGGGAACAGGUCAAAAAGGUAAAUUAACGACAAGCGGAAAUACCGCCGGAAAAUCGUCGAAUUUUUCAUUUGCAACUCCUCAAUUAGGUCUUCCAAGCAGUUCCUCAUCCUCCAAUGUAUUUGGAAAUAAAACAUUUGGAAAUCAGAACAACCCUUUUGGUGGAGGUUUCACUUCCACUAGCAGUAGUUCAUCGAUAUUUGGAAAGACCACCAUAUCCAAUCCCGUGUUUGGUGGAACUGCCGGCUUUAGCAACAAUUUAGGCUUUGGUACUGGAACCAACACUAGCUCUGUAUUCGGCGGAACAACAAACACUUCCACUACGUUCAGUAGUGAUCAUUCAUACUCAAACAGCGGUUUUAUUUUCGGUGGAGGAUCGUCGCAGCCAGUUUUCGGACAACCCAGCGUUUUCGGAGCGUCCAAUCAGGUCAACAAUCUAUUUUCCAGACCGCAAACAUCGCAGUCGACAACAUCUGUAUUCAGUGGAGCAACGUCCACACCAUCGAUAUUCAGCGGCUCUACCUCUCAAACUAACACAUCCUUAUUUGGAGUUGCCAAAACAUCCACAGCUAAUCCCUUCAGUACUUCUUCAACCUUACAGAGCACCACCCCUUUAUUCGGGACAACCUCGUCGACCGGGACGUUCAACUCUGGACCUUUUUCUCAGUCAAAGCCUGCCUUUGGAGGAGCUCCCGUGUUUGGCAGUGCAGCGAACUUUGGAAGCUCGAAUGCGCCCAUAUUUGGCGAGCAGUCAGGAUUCGGUGGGUCGAAUAACGUGUUUGGAGGUGCUAAUACUACUUCCACCUUCAGCUCAGCAGCUCAGUCCACAAAUGCAUUCGGUGGCACUGUGUCUACAUCUUCUGUGAACGUAUUUGGUGUUCAACCUACAGCUGCUAUUGCAGCGUCUAAUGUGGCUCCCUUCGGUGCAGUCACAACUGCAACCAGCAGCCCUUUUGCUCCCGCAACCUCGCAGUUUGAUGCAACCAGCUCUACAGCUAGUCCCUUUUCUAGACCUACGUUUGGCAUGGCUACGACCACCAGCGAAUCGUUUGGUACCACCGUGACACCAUCCAGCACACCUUUUGGUACCACUGCAAACACUGGGCUCACCUUUGGUACCCCUACCUCUACGACAUCUCCAUUUACAACAUCUACAGUCAGUGGGGAUUCAAAGAGUUCGCCCUUUGCUACCACGAAUACUACAGUUACGACUACAACCACCAACCCCUUCGCACCAAGAACGCAGCAGACAAUCUCACCGUUCGGUAAUUUUGCUCAGAGCCAAACGGCCAACACUGUUACUGUGUCCUCCGGUGGUCAGUUUGGUGCAUCCAUGUUUGGUAUUACUAUGACCGCUACUAUCAUAGAUGAUAGUAUAUUUUCAACAGAGGAUCAAUUGACUUAUGAGGAGAAAGGCAUGUAUAUGGCGGAAAAGUUUACCUUCGGUAAGAUUCCGAUGAAACCACCUACUAAAGAGUUGAGGUAACUUGGUGUACAGGGAAUUAGAAAUGUAACAAUAAGCUAUGAUAUUUGUUUACUGCGCAAUCAAGAUAAAUUUCACAGUUCUCUAUAAUGGUGAUAAUCUAUUGACAUCAAUAAGAAUUUCCAUCUGAAAUAGUUCCUUAAAUAUUUAUUUAUUCCAGUUCAGAGUCAAGUAAAUUAUUAACGAGUUCAGGAUGGAAAUUGUUAUGAUUUAAUACUCUGCGAUUUUUUUAUUGACUUUAACGAAAUGUUCGUUAUGUAAACGUUUGUAACCUUAAAUAUGCAAUUAAAUUUUUAGAGCUAUUAACUGAAUGCUGAAGAAUGUAAAACAGAA